UCUCUACCCCAAACCCCCAUCCCCUGCCCUGACCCUGCUUCCCUGAGCCUCCCAUUCCCUCCCCUGAGCCCCCUGCCCCAAAUCCCCCAUCCCCUGCCCCAAAUCCCCCGUUUCUUUCCCCAAAUCCCUCCCCACAAUGAUUUUGCUGAGCUGCUUCCUGCACCUGCGGCCGCGGCGCUGCGGCGCCCUGGCCGGGCUGGGCAGGGGGCUGGGCCCCUCAGCGGGGUCCCGCCGGGCUCUGCGGGUGCUCGUGGACAUGGACGGGGUGCUGGCUGACUUCGAGGGAGGCUUCCUGAAGAAAUUCAGGGCCAGGUACCCCGACAAGCCCUACAUUGCCCUGGAGGACCGGAGGGGCUUCUGGGUGUCGGAGCAGUACGGGCGCCUGGGAGCCGAGCUGAGUGAGAAAGCCAUCAGCAUCUGGGAAUCCAAGAACUUCUUCAUCGAGCUGGACCCUCUCCCUGGGGCUGUGGAAGCUGUGAAGCAAAUGGCAAAUCUGGCAGACACUGAUGUGUUCAUCUGCACGAGCCCAAUCAAGAAGUACCGGUACUGCCCUUAUGAGAAGUAUGCCUGGGUGGAGAAGCACUUUGGCCCUGAAUUUCUUGAGCAGAUUGUUUUGACACGAGAUAAGACAGUGGUUUCUGCUGAUCUGCUUAUAGACGACAGGCCUGAUAUAACAGGGGCAGAGCAGAACCCCAGCUGGGAGCACGUGCUCUUCACUGCCUGCCACAACAAGCACCUGCAGCUGAAGCCCCCCAGCCGCCGGCUGCACUCCUGGUCUGAUGACUGGAAGGCCAUUCUGGACAGCAAACGCCUCCCACCCGGCCAGGCCACCUAAACACCAGCCCCCACGGCCACCUGGGGCUGCAGCCACCUGCCUGUGUCCCUGUGGAGCCCUGCUGAAGGCCAGAACCAUGGAUGGACAGACAGACAGACGCUGUCUCUGCUGCAGAGAGGAAGGGGAGGGUGAG